ACAGAAAUUGAUGCAGCUGGUAACGGUUCAGUAUUAGAUCCUUUUCAGCAGUAUGUUAAACAAGGACAUGAAGCAUUUCUACAGUGUAGAUUUGAAAGGGACAUACUGAGAUGGUUCACAAAUGUUACAAUAAUAGCUAGUAGGGAUGCUGUAAUUGAUUAUUCAAAGUACAGAGUAUCAGUUACAAGCACUGGGUUGUACUACAGCUUACAUGUACUGAACGCUCAACCUGGUGAUGAGUUGAUUUACAGUUGUAGAGGAGGGAUUAAUGAAACAUACUACAUACAGUUGAUUUUAUAUGUACCUCCGACAUCUUUAUAUUUCAAUGGAUUAACAAACAAUAUUCUGAAAGGUACGGAAGGAUCAGAUUUACUUAUGAAAUGUAUAGUAGAUUGUGGAAAGCCUCCACCUGACGUGUCAAUUAUGGAUGACACAAGACCAAAUAAUACACAGGAAGUAAGCUACACAAUACCAACGAUUUCUAGAGAUUAUCAUCAGAAGUCAAUAGUAUGUCAAGCUACUAGUGAUGCAUUAGACAAUCCAAUGAAAACAACAGUACAGAUAUCUCUAAACUUAAAACCAUUAACACCAAUUUUCAAUACAAAUGAAGUCAGUACAGAGGAGACAUUACCACUGACAGUAUCAUGUACAUCAUAUGGAAGUCGAACUGUUGCUAGUUUUACAUGGACUAUUGGUGGAAAUAAUGUUACAUCCAGUUCUACAAUAUCACAGACAGUUACAGAAUCUAAUAAUACUAUCACAGUGACAUCAAUAUUGACAUCUAGUGUAAACAAAACUCAUAACAAGCAAAGUAUAGUAUGUCAAGCAUCCAAUAUACUGGGCAGAGUUAAUGCUAAUAAAGUUUUGGAUGUUAAAUAUGCUCCUGACAUUACAGUGGACAGUCCUACAUAUACACAGAAUGAUGUUAUCAGAACAGUUUCAUGCAAUCCUACUGGUAACCCAGACAGCUAUACAUACCAUAAAUGGCAACACAAGUCUAAAUAUGGAGAGGUUUUACGAGAGUUGAAUGGAAAUAAAACAUUGCUGUUACCAGAUGUUUCAGAGUUGAUGAGAUAUCAGGACACUGGAGAAUAUGUGUGUACAGCCAGUAAUGGUAUAAAAGACAAAGACAACAAGUUAGAACAGACUGGUUCUGGAUAUGUAACUGUAAACGGUAAUACAAAGUACCAUUUAGUGAAAGCUAAACCUAUUAUUUACCCUUAG